UUAAUCAUUUUACAAUAUGUACGAUUAAUGAGCUUCUUACUUUGCUCCAAAAGAAUACAAAUUUUGAUUUUUCAAAUUCCGUAGUUGACCAAGAGAAUGAAAAUAUCAAACAUCAAAAUAGUCAAGAAAGUGAUUCAUCAAUAAGCAUUAGUACAGAUGAACGUGUUAACUCAAAAUCUCAAAAAAAAAGAAAAGCACUCUCACCUGUAUAG